CGGGACAAAGCCCUGCCUCGUCUCCGCCGUGCCGCUGUUGUCGAGAUGCUGCAGCUGUGGGCACAAUUCGGCCGCACUUCCAUGUUGUAUGCUUGUGAUGUCACUCAAUUCUGAGCUCUCAGGCAGACCUGUGAACAGUUUCUACAGCAUUCUGGGAAGAAGAAACAGCUCAGUGAUGGCGGCACUGUCUUCGGCCAUCAUGAUUCGCGACACUGCAGGAUGAAGCUUCCGUCAGUGGACGAGAAUUCCACAUAGUGCACCUUUGACGACGAUCUGAUACCAAAUUGGCAGAGGAGAGGAACGACGUAGCGGAAGGUGAGUGCUUGACGCUUGCUGUUGGAGAAACCUGAGGCGCUUGGAAGGGUGCUGCGACGGACUGCGCCAUGGCCAGCAUUUCGACUGUACCAAUCGACAAACUCUUGUUGGAUCCGAGCUCUGUGCUGCGCAAGCCUGUCAACGUGAUCAGCCCCAAGAGGCGUAAAUGCCCCCGAGAGCGAUUUGUCCAGAGUAUGGAGAAUUUGGCCAUACCUCUAGGACAAUCGGAGAAACGCCUUCGUUUGUAUGGAGCAGGCGGUGACGGCGCCAUGGACUCGGAGAAUGCCACAAGCAGUGCAGAGCGUGUGCGAGUGACGGUAAGGGUGAGGCCACCCACCCGAGUGGAGCAAAGGGAAGAAGAUGGUCCGCCCUUUAUUUUCCUGGACACCGAAAAAAAUACUGUUAUUUUACGCCGCAGGGGGAGCUUCAUGGACUUCACCGAAUUCCAGUUCGAUGCGGUUCUACCCCCGACAGCCCUUCAAGUCGAUGUCUACAACAUGGCUGCUCGUGCGGUGGUCCUUGAUGUUCUGAAUGGAUACAAUGGAACCAUUAUGGCGUAUGGUCAAACUGGAGCAGGCAAAACCUACACCCUCUCCGACAACCUCACAAACGGCGGAGGAGUCACCUCUGUCGGAGGCAUUAUCCCUCGCUCAGCUGCGGAGAUCUUUGACCGAGCCGGCCUGGACCAAGACUACGAGUUCCAUGUCUCUAUGUCCUACAUCCAGAUUUACAUGGAACAGAUCCAAGAUCUGCUGCGCCCAGAGAGCUGCAACAUGCAGAUCCGUGAGGGAAUGAACGGCGUCUAUGUCUCCGGUGUCGAAGAAGUGCAGGUGAAGUCGGUGGAAGAUACCAUGAAACUGUUGAUGCUCGGGGACCGGCACCGAUGCCUCUCCUUCACGAAGCUAAAUGCACAUUCUUCUCGAAGCCACACCAUUGUUAUCUUGACUGUGGAGAAGAAAGCUAAGUAUAAGACUAGCGAACAGAAAGCUGAAUUGGCCGAUCGGAGACGAGUUAGUUCCUGCUUUGUGGAGAGCGAAAGGGUGCUUGUGGGGAAACUGUUUCUCGUCGACUUGGCUGGAUCGGAGCGUCUAAAGAAGAGUGGUUCUGAAGGCAUUCGCGCAAGUGAGGCCAUGAGUGUCAACUUAUCUCUCACCUGUCUAGGAAAGUGCAUUAGCGCUAGGGCAGAUCCCGCCAUAACUCACGUCCCAUUCCGCGACUCUAAGCUGACAAGACUUCUACAAGAGUCACUCGGAGGAAAUGCAAAGACAUCUUUAGUGAUCAAUAUUGCUCCUUGCAGCGAGUACCUGCAAGAGUCGAUGUCAUCACUCCACUUUGGGUCAAGGGCUAUGAAAUUGACGACGCAGGCCGUCGUCAACGUGGAGGAAGAAUUCAGGGUGCUCACGAGGAAUCUGCAGGAAACAGUGAACUUGCAAGACGAGAAGCUGCAACAUCUUGAGGCUUCCGUGUUGUCCAAGGACGAGCAACUGGUGCAGGCCCAGCAGAGCUUGGCGGAGAAAGCGAGGCAGGUGGAGCUGCUGCGUGAGGAGCAGAACCGGUUCAACCACAAGUUCAUGGAGCAGCUCCGCGUGAAGGACGAGAGCUGGAAGAACAGAUUGGAGAAUGUUAGAAGCAGUGCUACUAAUAUUCAUCAAAAGAGAAUAGAAAACCUACAAGAUGAGUUAACAAGAUUAAAAAAUGCUGAAAACCAAUAUGCUCUUUCAAGACCCACUCAUGUAAUAAAUAAUAAUGCUGCCAAGGAUCUUGCUGCACAAAUUAUACAACGUGCAUAUAAACAGCAUUAUGUUGCUAUGCUUUACAAGGAAAAGAAAAAACUAGAAGUGGUGGUUGGAUAUCAACUUAUGGCAAAUUCAGCUGUUAGGGUAUUGAAAGGGAUACAAUUGCUUGAUGAGCUUUUCACAAGGAAGAAUUUUCCAAAACUUAGUCUAAGAUGAUUUUUAACAUAUGAAGCCCUAAUCUUGAUUUUUAUUUUUAUUUUUUUUUACAAUUUUUUUAUUCAUUUAUUUAUUGAAUUCUAUUAUUUGGAAUUUUAUGGUUUGUAGUAUUGAAAGGGAAUCUUGGCUGAAUCAAUGAAAACUUGUCAUGAGAAAAUUCGACCUCUAGAAAUAUUAUUUUGUGACUUUUUAGAAAUUGAAUCUUCAGUUUUUGAAUAAGUAAAUAUCUUUAGAUAAAUUAUAUGUAAAAAAAGAAAAAAAUAAAAAUAAAUAAUAUAUAUGUUAUUCA